UGUGUUAGUGGAGAAUGCUACCACAGCAUUGAAUACUGUCAUACAGGGCAUACCUCUCAGGCAGGGUGACACUGUUUUCAUAUUUAACAUUACAUAUGGAGCAGUAAAGAAGAUGUUACACUGGAGGUGUGAGCAGACGGGCGCUCAGAUACAAGAGGUAGAGGUGGAUUUCCCCAUCACCGGCAAACAACAGCUGAUAGAUUAUGUAGAAGCCAACCUGAAGGAUGGUACAAGACUAGCAGUAUUCGAUCAUAUACCUAGCAAUACACCAUUCAUUAUGCCUCUCAAGGAAAUUAUACAUAUUUGUAAAUCUAGGAAUGUACCAGUAUUGAUAGAUGGAGCACAUGGUCUUGGUUCUCUCCCUUUGGAUAUUACCUCCCUUGAUCCAGACUACUACAUCACCAAUGCUCACAAAUGGUUCUGCUGUCCUAAAGGGACAGCACUCAUGUAUGUCAGGAAAGAGUUACAGACCUCGACUAGACCACUUAUUAUCUCUCAUGGAUUUGGAUCUGGGUUCAACUCAGAAUUUAUUUGGGCAGGUUUACAUGACUACAGUCCAUUUUUAGCAUUGCAUACAGUACUAGAUUUCUGGGAGACAGUUGGUCAGGACAAAAUUUACAGUUAUAUACAUGCCUUGAGUAGACAGGCAGGUAGAAUGUUGUGUGAAGGUUGGAAGACGGAUCUAGCAGCUCCAGAGGACAUGUUUGGGAGCAUGUGCCUGGUCAGGUUGCCAGAUGGUUUACAGAAAAUGUCUGCAAAUGUUGAUUAUUCUGCAGCAGAAACUGUACAAAAUUCUCUCUACCAUAAAUUUAAUAUUGAGGUUCCAGUGAAAUGUGUUCAACAAAGACUGUAUGUCAGAAUAUCUGCUCACAUUUACAAUGGAAUUUCGGAAUAUGAAGUACUGAGAGAUGCUGUACUGGACAUUGAAAAAUCUUACAAAGAAGGAACUUGAUUUUUUGAAUGGAUUAUUUAAAAAAAAUCCAAAUGA